AGGUGUGGUUUUCACGUGGAGCUUCCGAACCUUUUUUCUUACCUCUGCCAAAUAACAAAAAAAAACUGCGCUUCAUGAGGAUAUUUUUCUUGAAUUUGGAUCUUACUGUUUUGACACUUAAAAGGAAUUUUAAAAUAAGGAGCCCGAAGAAGCAACCAGAGCCGAACACAGGGAAGCUGAAUACUCGACAACCGGGAGAUCUACACCUGCCCUCUCCGUCCAGACUCCGGUCUCUCCUCCCGCUUGCUUCUAGCAUGAUGUCCUAUCUCAAACAGGCCCCGUACGGCAUGAACGGGCUGGGCCUGAGCGGAGCUGCCAUGGACCUGCUGCACCCGUCUGUGGGAUAUCCCGCCAACCCGCGGAAGCAACGCAGGGAGCGAACCACCUUCACCAGGACUCAGCUGGACAUUCUGGAGUCGCUGUUCGCCAAGACCCGUUACCCGGAUAUCUUCAUGAGGGAGGAGGUGGCGCUGAAAAUUAACUUGCCGGAAUCAAGAGUGCAGGUCUGGUUUAAGAACAGACGAGCCAAGUGUAGGCAGCAGCAGCAGAGCAGCAACAGCGCCAAGGUAAAACCACUGAAGAAGAAGUCAUCUCCAACCAGAGAGAGCACUGGUUCAGAGAGCAGCGGUCAGUUCACUCCGCCAGUAGUGUCCAGCUCCUCCUCCACCUCUUCCUCUUCAUCCGCCUCCUCUUCCUCAUCUGUCUCCUCUGGUCUAAGUGGACCUGGUCUUAUUAGCACAUCUACCUCCAUCACUGCUCCAGUGUCAUCCAUCUGGAGCCCGGCACCUAUCUCACCAGCACCAGCACCGGCCACUCUGCCUGACCCUGCCGCCCCUACCAGCGCGUCCUGUAUGCAGCGCUCUGUGUCAUCAUCUGCAACAAGUGGAACGUCAUCCUAUCCUGUUUCCUACAGCCAGACAGCAGCAGCGUACAGCCAGGGUUACCCGGCUUCAGCAUCAGGUUCCUAUUUUGGUGGUGUUGAGUGCGGCUCAUACUUGGCACCCAUGCAUUCCCACCAUCACCCGCACCACCCUCACCAGCUCAGCCCAAUGACUAGCAGCUCCAUGUCAGGACACCCACAUCAUCACAUUGGACAGACGUCAGGACACCACCAUCAUCACCACCACCCACCGCACCACCACCAGGCAUACAGCGCACCCAGCCUCGCCUUUAACUCCACAGACUGUCUGGAUUACAAAGAGCAGACAGCAGCUUCAGCCUGGAAACUCAACUUCAACGCCUCCGACUGUUUGGACUAUAAAGACCAGGCCUCAUGGCGUUUCCAAGUGCUGUGACUUCCUGCAUUUUUUUUUUCUUCUGUGCUUUUAAAGAAGAAUUCUUUUUGUUGUUGGUGGUUUAUUUUUGGAGAUCCUUUAAAGUAAAAGUAGUGACAUUUGAAAAAGGAAAAAAGUUUAACUGUGAGCCAAUCAAUAUGAUUUGAAGCCUCAACUUUGACUGUGUGCUUUUCAGUGGAGUGAUUCAUCCAGGAUUAUUUUUCUACUCCAAGAUUCAAGACAAACUGACACUAUACCUUUUGAAGGCCUUUAUUAGUAAAACUUCAAUGGAACAUUUGUUAUAGUCCAGUCUGGGAUUGCCACACAGAUCAUUCUUCAGAAGAUAAACACAUCCUCUCUGAGAUUAAUAUACAUUAGACUUUUGAGUUGUCUUUUCUUAGAUCUGAAACAGGAUGCUGCUAUCAUUUUCCAACAUGAUUCUUGUUGAGGAACUGUGGGUAUUUUAUUUUGGAGACUUAAUUGCAGCAAUUGUUUGUAAGGUGAAAGAUUCUGCUAUUUGUUCUCUGCAGAGGAAAGAAAAUUAAAAAUGUGAAUUUAGACACGCAACGUUAGUAUUGCAUUGAAAUUUGAGAGAUGUACAUUCGUGUCUUUAUAAUAAAGUCUUGUAUAAACAUGAACAGUCUAACGAA